ACCGCCACCAUGAGUCUCUUAAACAAGCCCAAGAGCGAGAUGACCCCUGAGGAACUACAGAAGCGGGAAGAGGAGGAAUUCAACACUGGGCCCCUGUCGGUGCUCACACAGUCAGUGAAGAACAACACUCAGGUUCUUAUCAACUGCCACAACAACAAGAAGCUGCUGGGCCGAGUGAAGGCCUUUGACAGGCAUUGCAACAUGGUCCUGAAGAAUGUGAAGGAAAUGUGGAAGGAGGUACCCAAGAGCGGCAAAGGCAAGAAGAAGUCCAAGCCAGUGAACAAAGAUCAUUACAUUUCCAAGAUGUUCCUGAGAGGGGAUUCAGUCAUCGUGGUCCUCAGGAACCCACUCAUUGCUGGCAAGUAG